UAUCUUUUCCUUAUGGAUGUUAUUUAUUUGCCACGAUAGUAAGCCUUGUUCCUCCGUGUUGCAGCGUCUGAUUGAGACCGCGCCGUGGGGGGAUGAUGCUGAGGCCCUGGAUCAACAGACCAUCAGCCAUAACAAAUUCCACAACUCCAUACAGAGGAGUGUGGAGGUGGACCGGGCCAGGGACGAGCUGAACAUGAGCCGUGACAAGCCCAGACUCAACACACUGGAACAGGAGUGGUCCAGUCUGCAGAAAAUGUCGGACAAACGGUUCUCGGAGCUCCGCGAGCUGCAGGGAAUCAUCGAGGAGAUCUCCCAGGCCAUCAUGUGGGUGAACGAGAGGGAGGAGGAGGAGCUGGUCUUCGACUGGGGAGACAAGAACAUCGAGCAGUACAUCCCCAGGAAGCAGGAGGGCUACUCAAAGAUGAUGAGUGCUCUGGAGGAGAAGGAGAAGGAGCUGAACAAACUCAAAACCAAGGUGGACGGUCUGCUCAACAAAAACCACCCCGCCUCCGACAAGAUCGAGGCUUACAUGGACACCUUGCAGACCCAGUGGAGCUGGCUGCUUCAGAUCACCAAGUGCAUUCAUGUCCACUUGAAGGAGAACGCCGCCUACCAUCAGUUUUUCAAGGAAGCCAACGAGACCUAUGGCAAACUGCAGAAACAACACGAACAUGUCCGGAACAAGUUCACAUGCGACAAGACGACCUCGCUGGAAUCGCUCCUGGAUCUCCUGAAAGACCUGGAGAAAGAGAAGGAGAAGAUCAUGGAGAACAAGAGGCAGGUCCAGAGUCUGGUGACCAAGUCCAAGAGCAUUGUGAGGCUGAGGCCUCGUAACCCUGAAGAGAGGAGCUCCAGCACGGUGAUGGUCCAGGCCCUGUGCGACUUCAAACAAGACCAGAAGAGCAUUCUGAAGGGCAACGAGGGCAUCCUGAAGGACAACUCCCAGCGCAGCAAGUGGCAGGUGACAGGCCCAGGGGGGCUGGACAUGCUGAUCCCCUCGGUGUGUCUGCUCAUCCCCCCUCCCAACCCCCUGAGCAUCGGGCUGGCAAACAAGAAUGAGCAGUAUUACGAAGCCAUCAUGGGCAUCUGGAACCAGCUCUACAUCAACAUCAAGAGUCUGAUCGCAUGGCAGUACUGUAGCAAAGACAUCAACUACAUCAACUCCCUCACUCUCACUAUGCUGUCCAAGAUGCGUCCCGAUGAGUACCGGACCGUGAUCAAGCGCCUGGAGACCCACUACCAGGAGUUCCUGCGCACCAGCCAGGGCUCCGAGCUGUUUGGCGAGGAGGAACAGAAGAACAUCAAGGGCCAGUUCGCCUUCGCCCAGAACCACUACGACGGCCUCAUCGUCCAGCUGCCCACCUACACCCCGGCUCCAGUCGUCCCCGUGGUGAAGCCCACCGUACCGGAGACGGUCAAGGUCGUGAAGGUGCCCAAGGUCACCGCCCCGCCUCCCGCCCCAGCCCCCAGCACCCUGAGCCUCAGCCUGCUCAACGACCUGGACGCCCUUCGCCGGAGGCUGGAGGUCACCGAGAGCAGCCUCACCUACCACCUCCACCUGCCCCUGGGAGAGAACGGCGUCCGCGAGUGCUCCCUGCACCUCCAGAAGCUGCAGGUGGUGAGCAAGGACCUGGACGCCCUCCACGACGAGUACAUCCGUCUGAGGGAGAGGAUCCUGAAGCAGCUGGAUGGGAUCCCUGCCGACUCAGAGCAGGCCAAGUACCUACGCUCUCAGCUGGACUACAUCAACCUGAGGAUCGGAGACCUGCAAGGCCUGAACAACUCUUACUUCAACAGGCUGUCCUGCCUGAAAGGCGUGCUGCAGAACAUGAACCAGGUCCAAGAUGUGGUGCAGGUGAACGAGGUGCUGCUGACGGAGAAGGACACCACCUCCCUUGACACCCGCGAGGUGGACGAGUACCGAUCCACCCUUAGGCAAAUGAGGCUGGAGCUGGACCAGAAGAGAGACCUUCUUUCUGCCAUGGACUCUGAACUGGCCUCCGCAGUGCAGUACAACAGCCAGAUCUCAAGGAACUUCCACAAGUGUGACGUGGAUCUGACCAAGUACGCUGAGCAGGUGGGCCAGCUUAACGACCGCUGGAGCCGUAUCCGGUCUCAGAUUGACAGCAGAUUGUGGGACCUGGAGAAGCAGGACAAGGAGCUCAGAGAUUACCAUAAGAGCAGCGGUAACCUGGAGACAUGGAUAGACAAUACCCGGAUACGGCAGGACAGCCUGCAGGCGGUCAAGUUCACCGACAUCCCGGCUCUGAUGGAUCACCUCAACCAGCAGAAGGUGCUAUAUAAUGAAAUCAAAGGAAAGCAUGAGAAAGUGGAAGAUGUUCAGAAGGACGCAGAGAUCUGUGCUUCUUCCAUUAAGGACUAUGAGCUACAGCUGGCCUCAUACAGUGCAGGUCUGGAGACUUUGCUCAACGUUCCCAUCAAGAGAACAAUGUUGAAGAGCCCUGCCUCUACGGUCAGGCAAGAGGCGACAGUGCUUCACUCGAGCUACGUGGAACUCCUGACCCGCUCCGGUGACUACCAUAAGUUUCUAGGAGAGAUGCUCAAGAGUAUGGAAGAGCUGAAGAUGAGGAACACCAGGAUUGAGCUCCUGGAGGAAGAACUGAGACGUCUGAAGGAGUCCUUCCAGGACCGCAACCACAAGAACCAGUCUCUGGAGGACGCACUGGCCCGCUAUAAGCUGGAGCUCAGUCAGUCCAAGGAGAAACUCAUCUCUCUGGAAGAGGUGAAGAUGACCUCAGUGAACCAGGUCAACGCCACCAGGGAGAGUCUGGAAGGCACCCAAAACCAGCUAAAGGAUCUCAAUGACAAGCUGUCCCGGCUCCAGUACCAGCUGGACGAAGAGGUGCGCAAGAGGAGGCUUGCCGAAGAACGUUACACCAGUCAGCAGGAGGAGUAUGAGUCCGCCGUGCGCCGCAGGCAGAAGGAGCUAGAGGAGGUGAACUGGUCGAAGAUUGACCUUGAGAAGUUGGUGAAAGACAAGGAACGUGAACUAGAAAGGCUGAAGAUACAGCUGGAGGAGGAGGCGGCGCGCCGCCGCGGGGCAGAGUCGGAGAUGUCAAAGGUAAGAACACAGCACAAGCAGGAGGUUAGUCAACUCAGACAGACCUUCGAGACGGAGAUCCACGUCACCAAGACGUCCGUGCAGCUGUCCUCGCAGCAAAAGGAGGAAGACGCCACUGAGGCCCGACUGAUAUGUGACCGACUCACGGACGAGAAGAGGGACCUAGAGGAGGAGCUGAGGAGACUCAGGCUGUCCAUAGCCCAGAGAGAUGAGCAGAAGGGCAAGGCAGAACAGGAAGUCCUCCAGCAGAGGGAAAGGAUGACCGAGGAGGUUAGGAGGCGUAGCGAGAUAGAGGUGCAGCUGAGGACCCUGGUCCAGAGGAGUGGAGAGGACGACCUCAGGCUACAGGAGGCACAUAGCAGCAAUCAGGAGUUGACCAGAAAGAUCAGUCUCCUCAAGCAGAGCCUGCAGGAGGAAGAGAGGAAGAGGAGAGGCUUUGAGAUGGAGAUCAGUCAGUUGAGGGAGGUCCAGACAGAACUUCAGAUGAAGAACAAGGCGCAUAUCGACGCAAUGAACAAGCUCCAGGCUUCGGAGCAGGAGAGAUCUGUCAUCCACCUGCAGCUGGAGAAAACGACCAGUUCAAAAACUCAAGCGGAGCAGAGUGCAGCCAGGCUGCAGAGCCAUACCCAGGAAUUGCAGUGCGCACUGGACAACAUGGAGUCCCAGCUGCAGAAGCAGAAGAUGGCUUACCAGGAGGAGUUCACCUGCAGAAAGAGGCUUGACGCCGAGCUCGAGAGGACGAAGAACUCCUGCCGAGAGCACACCACAACCAUUGCCAGCCUGCGGAGCAUUCAGGAGGAAGCGUCCAAUUGUGAGAGAAAAUAUAGCAUGGACGUCAAGACCCUGCAGGAGGCCCUAGAUAAGAGCGUCCGGGAUUUGAGGCUCACCACCGACAAACUUAACCAGAUGGCGGAAGAGCUAAAGCAAGUGAAGAAGCAGCUGCUGGAGGAACAGAGCCGUUACCGUGAGCUCAACCAGAGGAGUGAGAGCCUGUAUAAGACCAUUGAGGAGAAGACCCGCCUGCUGAAUGAAAGCACGAAGGAGGUCAAUAGGCUGCAGAGCCAGACCCAGAGCAUCACCAAAGAGAGGCUGAGAUUGGAAGAGGAGCUGAGAACCACGAAGCAGGACAGAGAUGACCUGAGGGCAAACACAGAGAGUGUAGACGAAGAGGGUCGCAACCAGAUCAGAGCUUUACAUUUACAGCUCCAGAGCAGCAGCAAGAGAACCAUGGAACUAGAGGCUUUCAUCAAUGACCUGACCAAGGAGAGAGAAAAGCUUAAGUUGGAAAUAGACAAAAUCCAAAAGCAAUCCAUUGAGACAUCAAUGAUGAUUCACGAAUCCAAAAGCUCCUUCACUGAGCUGAAGCAAGAGAGGGAGGGUCUGCUGAGCAAGAUGAAAAUGAUGGAGCAAGACAAAAUACGCCAGCAGCGCAUUGAGGAGGAGCUCACCCGCAUUAAACUCUCACUGGAGACGGAGCUCCGCAACAAGCAGCGCCUGACAGAGGAAAACACUUCUGUGCGCAAAGAUCUGGCCUAUUUCAAGAGCCAGUUUGAGCUGAGGGACAGCGAGAAGAGGCAGGGAGACUCUGACCGGGACAGGGCUGAUCGAGAAAGGGCUUCCAUGAAGAGCGAGGUGGAGAGGCUGACGAGGGAGCUGAGGACCCUUGAGGAGACAUACAAGAGUCAGCGGCUGAUCUCUGAAAAGGAGUCCAGGGAGAUGACUUUGAGGAGACAGACACUGGAGAAAGAGAUACUGAUGUUGCAACAGAGACCCUCCUCGCUAAGCAGACAGACCCAGACAUCCGAGAAGGUUUCAACAAUAGAUCCAUCCAAGUUGUUGUUUGACGGAGUGCGCCGCAAAGUUACAGCCCACCAGCUCUGCGACUGCGGUAUAAUCAGCAAAUCAACGCUAGAAAUGCUUCUCAGUGGCAGGAAGACAGUAGAAGAGGUUGCUGUGGACAUCCAGAUAAGUCUGAAGGGUACUGGUAUAAUUGCUGGCAUGACAAGAGGUGCCCAGGGCAAAAUGCCCUUCACAGAAGCCAAAACCAAAGGUCAACUCAGCCGAGAGUGUGCCCUAAUGCUAUUGGAGUCCCAAGCUGCAACUGGCUAUAUCGUGGACCCAGCAUUCAACGAAAAGAUGCCUGUGGAUACUGCUUGCACCAGAGGACUUGUAGAUGCAGAAGAUAGAGAUGUUUUGCUGACAGCUGAAGCAGCCAGCACAGGAUUCAAAGAUCCAUUCAGUGGCAAGUUGCUGUCUGUUGGUCAGGUUCUAAAACAGGGUCGCAUUGACAAGCCGACUGCAAUUCGUUUGCUUCAAGCUCAGGAGUCUGUUGGUGGUAUCAUUGACCCAGUACUUGGCGUGUUCCUGCCUAAAGAUCUGGCUUUGGACCGCAACCUUAUUGACGAGGACCUCUACGUGACUCUGAACAAGAAGCCUGACUGUUACCUGGAUCCAACUUCAGGGAAAAAGAUAAACUAUAGUGAUUUGAAGUUGAAGUGUAAAAUCGAUUCUGUCUCUGGCCUUCUUCUACUCCCUGGCGAAAAAGAAAAAUGCAUGACUGUGAAGGGGAUUCGUAGUGAAGUUCCCAUGACAGAGUUGGUUGCCUCUAACCUUCUGAGUAAGGCUGACCUGGAGAAAGUUUACCAGGGCACCCUCACUAGCCAAGAUAUUGAAGACAGGCUGAAGAACUACCUUUACGGCUCUUCCUGCAUUGCUGGUAUCUAUGACGAGGCCAAAGACAGAACCAUGUCCUUCUACAUGGCCAUGAAAGAAGGCUUGAUCAUGAGAGGGACUACCCUCGAGCUUCUUGAGGCCCAGGCUGCCUCUGGUUUCAUGAUUGAUCCGGUCAACAAUGUUUUCCUGACGGUGGAGGAGGCAGUUAAGAGAGGUGUGGUUGGGAACGAGUUCAAAAAGAAGCUGAUAUCUGCAGAGAAGGCUGUCGUUGGAUACACAGAUCCAGAAACCGGGAAUACAAUCUCCCUUUUCCAGGCCAUUGACAAAGAUCUAAUUGAAAAGGGCCAUGGAAUUCGUCUGCUGGAGGCACAAAUUGCAAGUGGUGGGAUUAUUGACCCGAAAGAGAGCCAUCGUAUUGAUGUUGAUGUGGCCUACAGAAGGGGCUACUUCAACGAAGAGAUGAAUGAGAUCUUAACCUAUGAAGGAGACGACACAAAAGGCUUCUUUGACCCAAACACCAAGGAUAACUUGACGUAUCUUCAGCUAAAGGAAAGGUGCAUCAAAGAUCCCAAAACAGGUCUAGUGCUCCUGGCACUGAGAGACAAGAGCAAAAAGACCAAGGAUUUUACCGAGAGCCGCAAAAACGUGCUCCGGAAGAGAAGGGUGGUGAUUGUGGACCCUGACACAGGGUUGGAGAUGUCCGUGAGGGAGGCCUUCCACCGGGAGCUCAUUGACUACGACACCUUCCUUGACCUGUCAGAACAGGAGUGCGAGUGGGAGGAGAUCACGGUCAAGGGAGAAGAUGGAUCCGUCCGCGUGUUGCUGGUGGAUAAGAAAACAGGAACUCAGUACGACAUCAAUGAGUACCUGGAACGUGGCGCAAUCGAUCAAGCCUCCUUGGACAGGUACCGCAGUGGAAACAUCACUCUAACCGAGUUUGCUGACCUCAUAACUCAAAAAAGCAGCAGUAGAGAGAUGAACAUUACAGCCAGCACGGCUGAUGAUGUGGCCACCUGUACCAGCCCCACCCAGGCCCGGCCGUCCUCCCCAACAGUCCGCAAGCGCUUCAAUAGCAUCUCCAUCACCCUCUCUCCCGCUGAGAUGUUCGAUGACCUAAGCCCCGUGGGAGCAAUAUUUGACACAGAGACCCUGGAAAAGAUCACCAUUUCGGAGGCCUGCAGAAGAGGCAUAGUCGACACCAUUACUGCACAGAGGUUGCUGGAGGCUCAGGCCAGCACAGGGGGAAUUAUCAACCCUUCUACUGGCCAGCGGCUUUCUCUCCAGGAUGCGGUCCAUCAGACAAUCAUUGAUGAAGAUAUGGCUCCUAAGCUGAAAGCCUCCCAGAAGGCCUUCACCGGCUUUGAGGACGUGAAGAGCAAAAGGAGGAUGUCAGCUGCCGAGGCGAUGAAGGAGAAAUGGCUGCCUUACGAAGCUGGCCAAAGAUUUCUAGAGUUCCAGUACCUGACAGGUGGCCUGCUGGAGCCUGGCUCCGGGCGGCGUAUCUCUAUGGAAGAGGCCAUCCGCAGGAAGUGGCUGGACGGCCGAGAAGCCCAGAAGCUCCAGGAUACACAAAACCACCAGAAGAACCUGACCUGUCCCAAAACCAAGCUGAAGAUCUCCUACAAGCAGGCUAUGGACGGCUGCAUGGUGGAAGAGAGCAACGGCAUGAAGAUGCUCCAAGCCACCUCCAUAUCCUCCAAGGGGAUCAGUAGCCCGUACAACGUGUCCAACCCGGGCUCCCGCUCUGGGUCCAGGCAGGGCUCCCGGGCCGGCUCCCGUAGGGGCAGUGUGGAUUACUCAUCGUCGUACUCCUUGAGUGUCUCUUCUUCUUCUGUCAAUAAAUCCUUCAGCAAUAGCUCUCUCUCUUAAUAUGCAAAAUCUGACUUCGGAGAUGGCGAGAAGUCAUUGAAUAGAUUGUUUUAUGUAGUUGCAAUAUCAUUUGAGUAGAUUUCCAGAUUUUCAAAUGUGCUUUUUGCUACAUAGUGUUACAAUUAAAGUUGGGCAAUCUUUUUAUCUUUUUUUUUUUUUUUCUAUGUUAUAUUUUAACCAAUCUUAUAAUCCUGAAUCAAUCCUUCAGUUUUCUUUAAAGUUGGGUUUCUAUGUUUGUUUGGUGUUAAAAUAUUAGGGAAUAUAUAUUCAUGCUAUUGUAAUGGACAAAUGUUUUUGUAUGUAAUGUAGGACCGAUUUUUUAACCUAGCCUUUUGUUAUUUUUAUGCCAAUCUUUAAACUGCCAGCUAUCUAACAUUAAUAAUUGGUUAAACACAUUGAGUCUACUUAGAUGCUACUUUUGAUACUACUCAUAACUGUUAAAGUUUAUCCUAUACUUAAAAUGUAUGAAAAAUAAAAAGUUAUUGUAAGAACAUUAAAAGAAUGCACCAAACCUUUGCAUAAUGAAAAAUAAAGAUUUCUUAACAUAAUU